GAGAUCUGGAGUCCUUUAAGAAGCAGUCCUUUAUCCUGAAGGAGGGAGUGGAGUACAGAAUAAAGAUCAGCUUCAAAGUGAACAAGGAGAUUGUCUCGGGACUCAAGUAUGUCCAGCAGACCCACAGGAAAGGAGUGAGAAUUGACAAGUCAGACUACAUGGUGGGGAGCUAUGGGCCYAGGCCGAACGAGUACGACUUCCUGACCCCGCUGGAGGAGGCUCCUAAAGGCAUGCUGGCCCGCGGCACCUACAACAUCAAGUCCAAGUUCACCGACGACGAUAAGCARGACCACCUUUCCUGGGAGUGGAACCUCAACAUCAAGAAAGACUGGAAAGACUAAGAAAGAGGCCUUCAAAACCAAACCCCACAACCAUGUCCCCAUUUCUCCAUMAGUUUAUUUUCUUCUGCUUCAUUCCAUCCUCAUGUCUUCAAUCUUCAUUCUGACCCUUCCUCUUCAUUCCGACCCUUCCAUCCCUCUCUCGUCUCCCACGUUUCUCCCCAUUUAUCCGUCUGCAUUAGUAGCAGCAGCAGAAGCAACGCCCCCCUCUGUCCGUCCAUCCCCCCUCUCCUUUCAUUGUUUGCACAAAAUCCACCAUCAUUGAUUCAUUGCCCUCAACCUACCAUCCAUGCAACCUUAAAGGUCCAGUCAAAAAUGUGAUUUACCUGUUUUAUCAUCAUAU